AUGGCCAGUCCUCGACCAGCAACUCAAAGACGAAAAGAAGAAGGGGAGAAAAUAUCUUCUGUCACUCGUGAUAGAGCUCAGCUUGCUAAAGCCUACAUAGAAGGAAGAUUCUCAAAGCUCAAAGAAGAAGAGGAAGGACGUAGAGAAGAAUGACAAGAACUGAAUAAAAUUAUGGACGAACUCUGCCUGUCUUCUUCUGAAAGAAGCAUGAUCAAGCAAGAAAUUCUGCAUAAAGAAGCAGAACUGCUCAGAGAGAAACGCCAAAAAAUAACUGUUUAUGAUUUUGAAUCAAUAGCGAUAUACAUGCUAAUAUGAGUAGCCCUACGGGAGCAUUUUUAAAAAAGCAAAUUAAUUUUGGAAUAUCAAAAAAUUGCUUAUCCCUCCUCUAUGUGCGAAUGAAGCCAUGGGAGGAGUUAAAAUAUUUGGCAGGCCAACUAAUAUAUGGCUAACCAAAAAAUGCUCUUUAUUACCCUUUUAUGAGCGAGCAAAAUAAUUGGAAAAUCCCUAUUAAUUGAUGAAAAAAGUGAGUAAAAAGUGUUUUUAAUAUAAAAAUCAAGAAUAUUUUAAUAAAAGUGAUAAUUAUUAUAACUAAAUCUCUAUAGUUAAUUCUAUUGAAUUUAAAGCAGUUUACAUUUUAAAACAUUAAAUUUUGCAAAUUAAAUUAAUUUUAACCUUCAAAUUAGGAAUUUUGAAUUUCAAAAAAAUUAACUACUAUAAAAUUUAAAAAAAUAACUCCCUCUGAGCGAUCAAAAAUUUUUUGCUCUCUCAUGAGGGCGAUUUAGUAGGCUAUUUAUCUUAAUCUAGUAUAAUAGGAAAAGGCGCUUUUGGAGAAGUCAGAGUUGUAAGAAAGAAAGGUACAGGAGAAGUCUUCGCACUAAAGAAAAUGGACAAAGCUGAAAUGGUUUGUAAGAACCAGAUCCAGCACAUUAAAGCUGAAAGAGAUGUCCUUGCACAUUCAGAAAAUCCCUGGAUUGUAGAUUUGAAAUGUUCUUUCCAAGACGAAAAAUACUUGUAUUUGGCAAUGGAAUAUUUAGGUGGAGGCGAUUUUAUGAAUUUAUUGAUUAAGAAAAAUAUCCUGACUGAAGCUGAAAGCCGAUUUUAUAUUGCAGAGAUAAUACUUGCAGUGGACUCUGUACAUAAAAUGAAUUAUAUACAUAGAGACUUGAAGCCUGAUAAUAUACUUAUUGAUAACAGAGGCCAUAUUAAGCUCUCAGAUUUUGGCUUAUCUAAACAGGCUGAAAUAUUUCCUUCUCAGCAUAGAGAAGUGUUAAGAAAGUUGGAAGAAGAAAGGAUGAAGCAAUAUGUUGACAAAAGAAACGAGUUUCACCGCAAUAGAAAAUUGGCAUUUUCUACCGUUGGGACUCCUGAUUAUAUUGCCCCAGAGGUAUUUUCUCGGCAAGGCUACACUGAAACAGUCGACUGGUGGUCUGUCGGAGUCAUGCUCUUUGAAAUGCUCGUCGGAUAUCCUCCAUUUUAUGCUGACAAGCCUAAAGAAGUCUGUCAAAAAAUCAUUAAUUGGCAAAAUUACUUCACUAUUCCUAGAGAAGCAAGGCUUAGCCACGCUGCUAUAGAUUUAAUAAGAAAACUAAUAUGUGAGUCCAAUACAAGACUUGGAAUCCGAGGAGUUGCAGAAAUAAAAGCCCAUCCCUUCUUUGCAGGUAUUGAUUGGAACAAUAUAAGAAACCAAGAAGCUCCUUAUGCUCCUGAGCUUCGUGGAGAUACUGAUAUCUCGAAUUUUGAACAAUUCGAAGAAACUGAACCGUUUUACCCUCCUAUCAGUAAUAAAAAGAGGCCACAAAAAAAAGAUGUGAAUUUUGUAGGGUAUACUUUUAAAAAAGAUGUAGAAAAACUGCGAUAAUAAAAUAUGUCAUCGUUCGAAUUUUUCUGGUUUUCUGAAAGAAAGCUCAUCUAUGGAAGUUUGGAUUUGCCAGCGAAUUUUAUCGACAAUUAUAGAGUAUUAAAACUUCAGCGUGCGUAGCACUGGAUAGCCAUCAGGAGGGAAAUAUAUUAUCAAGAAGUAUGUCACAACCGAAGACUGGGCCUUUAAAGUGUCAAACAGACUCAAAUUGGUUUUGCCCAAGAAACGGUAAUCGGAUUUCUGAUUAUCUGAACGUCGGCAGAAGAAAUUUUUCUGGUGAUCAAGUUCAGACAUUUCCGAGUACUGGCUGGUGCUGUAAGAAUUUUGUCUAUGAAAGCACGAAUAAGCGUCAUAGCAUAUAUGUAUUAAACUUAAAGCUAAUAAGAAAAAUUAGAAAAACAACGAACUGGGCUGACCAGCGCAAUUGAGGAGCUUGAAGCCAUUCGAGCAUCCUCUGCAAGGGAAAACCAGCCUAUUAAUUAUAUCCCAUCAUCAGAAGAGUUAUAUAAUGGAGAACUGUAA